AUGGAUACUAAAUCUAGAGCCCACAUAAUUGCCAACUGUUUUUUCAUCCAAUUGUGUUUAUCAUGCGUAUUCGUCAAUGCUCAGGUAUUAGUAGAAUUGGCAAGGAAUUUUGAAACUACUGUACUUAAUAGUAAAUUACCAGACACCUUAGUUUUUGCCACAGAGUACGAUUUUAUAGUUGUGGGAGCAGGUUCCGGUGGAUGUGUUGUAGCCAAUCGCUUAAGUGAGCUUGCGAAUAACUCGGUGCUGCUACUAGAAGCUGGUGAUCAGGAAACUUUCCUUUCGGAUGUACCAUUGACAGCGGCAUUAACUCAAAUGACACGGUACAAUUGGGGCUAUAAGUCUGAGAGGACACCAAAUGCUUGUCAAGGUUUAAAAGGGGGUGUUUGUAAUUGGCCUAAAGGACGUGGGAUUGGAGGAACUAGUUUAAUAAAUUUUAUGCUAUAUACACGCGGGCAUCGCAAGGACUAUGAUUAUUGGGCUUCGUUAGGCAAUACGGGUUGGAGCUAUAAAGAAGUUUUACCGUAUUUCAAAAAAUCAGAAAAUAUUGAAAUAGCAGAAUUGCUUAAAUCAGAUUAUCAUGGCCGUUUUGGACCUUUGAAUGUUGGCUAUACAGAUUAUAAAUCGAAAAUUUUAAAAGCAUUUUUAAAGUCAAGCAAGGAAAUGGGUUACGAUAUAAUAGAUCCAAAUGGUGAACACAUGUUAGGUUUUAGCCGUUCACAAGCUACAAUUAGACAUGGCAGACGUUGUAGUACUAGUAAAGCAUUUAUACGACCUAUUAUUGAACGCGAAAAUUUGCACAUAUCUAUGAAAUCUUGGGUAACAAAAGUCAUAGUUGAUCCUGAAUCCAAAAGAGCUGUUGGAGUGGAAUUUACAAAAAAUAGAAAAAAAUACAUUGUUAAAGCGAGAAAGGAAGUCAUACUAUCAGCUGGUUCCAUAGCUUCACCGCAACUACUUAUGUUGUCUGGUAUCGGUCCGCAAGAUAAUCUACAAGAAUUUGAUAUACCUGUAAUGAAAGAUCUGAAAGUUGGCUAUAAUUUGCAAGAUCAUGUAACUUUAAAUGGAUUAGUUUUUAUUGUAAAUGAUACUACAAUUAAUGAUCAUAAAAUUAUGAAUCCAGCAGAUAUUUUGCAAUAUAUACUUGAAGGUAAAGGACCCUAUACAAUACCCGGUGGUGCAGAAGCAUUUGCUUUCGUCAGAACUCCUAACUCCACUUUUGAUAAAGAUUAUGCUGAUAUGGAAAUUGUAUUGGGUGCUGGAUCAUUAAGUGGUGAUCAUCUGGGCUCUAUGCGCGAUUUAUUGGGAAUAACUGAUGAAUUCUACCACAGUGUGUUUGAUGGUAUACAUAAUAAGGAGACAUUUGGUUUAGUACCAGUGCUGCUUCGUCCUAAAAGUAGAGGACGCAUAUCACUGCGUAGCCGGAACCCUUUCCAUUGGCCUAAAAUGGAGCCAAAUUAUAUGCAGAAUGCUGAUGAUAUCAGAGCAAUGGUAGAAGGUGUACAAAUGAUAUUACAAAUUGUUGAAACUAAGGCUUUAAAAAAAUUGGGCACCAAGUUUCAUGCUAAACCAUUCCUCGGAUGCGAGGGUUACACUUUUAACUCCUAUGAAUAUUGGAAAUGCUGCUUAAGACUUUACGGCUCAAGUUUACAGCAUCAAGCGGGCACUUGUAAAAUGGGUCCUUCAUCUGAUGCAACUGCAGUUGUGGAUUCAAAACUGCGUGUGCAUGGUAUAAGUAACUUACGUGUUGUGGAUGCUUCGAUAAUGCCCACAAUUCCUGCUGGUCACACGAAUGCUAUUGUCAUAAUGAUAGCUGAGAAAGCUUCGGAUAUGAUUAAAAAUGCUUGGAAUUAAGCAGAUUUUUU